GUUGGGGAGAGAGGCGGGACCUCGCGGCCGGGAAGGGCGUUCUCUUUGCGGUCAGACCGGGCAGAGUCAUCCCGAAAGGGGUGGGUCCUCCAGCAGCAGAAAAGGAAAACCCACAUUUUUUCAUUGUUAAGGACGCGGUGGAAUGUGAUGGUUUGAUCUCAAACGAGGCAGGGAGGGGAAUAUCCGAGAGGAAAAGGACCGACGAAAGUGAUUUAGGGAAAAAAAAGAGGGGAAACCAAAACGCAUCCCCUCCUCUCUCCACCCCCAACUCGUCUCUCCAACUCUCUCCGCUUGUAUGUGAGGAUAUGUGGAUGAACUUGUCCUCGCCGUGUCGGCAGCAGCGAGUCCUACCGUCCGCAUGAGCUCGAGCCGUGUGAAGUUGUGGAUUUACCGUCGCGUUUUCGUGACCCGGCGGUGGAGCAGCUGAGGAUGGAGACUUUGGGAAGAGGAGCUUAACAUGCAACUGACAAAAGGAUGCAUCUAAAAUAUGACAGAUUCGUCUCCUAAACACCACUCUGAGGGAGCUUCAAAGUCUUAAAGUGACAGUCACCAAAAUAAACACUGACUACAGACAGAAAAGAGUAUUUCCCUUAGGACCUAAGGGACUACCACACAAAUGUGGACCUCCCAAAACGUCAUCAAAUAAGUCUAACAACAAAACAAACACAAAAGAUAUAACACGGAAUUUUAUAGCCAUGUCUGAGCAUAAGGACAUGACACAUCGCCACCUGCGGCAUAAGCUACAGAGUCUCGGCCGAAGGCUGGAAGAACUGGAAGAAGCAACCAACAAGCUGCAGAAGUCUGAGGAUGAGCUACUUGACCUGCAGGACAAAAUCAUCCAGGCAGAAGGCAGCAACUCAUCUCUGCUUGGUGAUGUGGAGGUCUUGAGGAAAUGUCUCUUGAAGAUACAGGGUAAAGAUGAGGAGGUACGCAAAGCUGAGGACCUCUGCCGCACAGUCAGAGAGAAACUGGAAGAAGAGGAAAGCCUUACACAGGAACUAAAGGCAGAGAUUGAGCGUCUACAACGGAGGAUGGCCGAACUGGAGAAACUGGAAGAAGCUUUUGGGAAAAGCAAGUCUGAGUGCAGCCAGCUCUGUCUGAGCCUCAAUGAGGAGAAAAACUUGACCAAGAAGCUCUCGUCUGAGUUGGAGGCCCUCAAAGCACGUUUGAAGGAGGUGGAGGGGUCUGAGACAAAGCUGGACAGAGCAGAGCAGGCUUUGGCAAUGGAGCUUGAGAAGCUCAAAGGAUUCACCCAGACCUUUGUGAGUGAGCGUAAGAGGCUACUAGAGAAACAGAGAGAGGAUGAGAAGAUCAUUCUAAAGCUGACAGAAAAAUUGGAGCAGCAGAAGAACCGCCUUGGCAUGUCGGCAGACCCUGGUCGUACGGAUUUCAUUAAAUCGCGUAUUGAGGAUGAGUUUUCAUCCACUGGGCUCCUCACAAGUAAACUGACGGGACGCAAGAAGAGCCUUGACUACUUGAAGAUGGCUGAUGACAAUAUCGGUCUUUUGAACAAAUCUGAGAAUGAGAAGAACAGCGGUCUCGAAGGUUCGCAGGAGGAGGACAACAAAGUAAAGGAGCUGACACAGGAAAUCGAGAGACUGAAGAACCGUCUUAAACAGCUGGAGAUAGUGGAGAAGGAUCUAAAGAGCUCAGAGUCCAAAAAUGGCGAACUUCAUGAGAAGUUCCAGAUGGAACGAAACAAGGCUCGCCAACUAAGCGAGGAGGUGGAACAGCUGAGGACGCAGCUUUGCGGAAAAGGUGGAAUCGGCAGAAAUGGAACCAGUAAUGUGGAUAAACAUGGCAAUGGAAGCACUAACAUUUGCCCCAACAGUCCUGCUAAGGUCCUUGAGAACGGCAAAGCUGAGAAUGAAGAGAUUAUUGUGAAGGGAAGUUUCAGACAGGAGAAGCCCAAGUAUAGGAGUGCUGCAACUGUCUCAGAACCGAGUUCCCCCAAACACAGGAACAGAGAUCUCUCUCCUCAGCAUAAGAGAGAGACCAAGCUAAGGAGCAAAGACCUGAGUCACUCAGAGGAGAGCUCUCCUAAGUCUGUAAGGAGAGCCCUCAGUCCUGCACACAAAAGUAGAAGGACACCCAAAACCCCAACUACUGCAAUUACAUCUGAUAACGGAAUAAAAGACACAGGACGAGGAACUGAAGAAAAGACAAGAGGAGCCACUCUCUGCUCUGUAAACACACCUUCUAGUGAUAUUAAAAAAGCAUCUGUUCUUAGUCGCUACCCUCCAGCAGCUAAUGACCAGAAGCCCCUGAGGACAACUCACAAACAGACUGAUGGGGAGACUAAAAAGAGCAGAGUAGAAAAGUUUUCAAAAUUGUACGUUGGUAGUGAUAGCGAAUCAAACAACUCUGAUGUAGUGCCUGACAGUUCCAGCAACGUCAACAGUAUCUCUGCUUUAGAGAAGGACACAGCGUCUGCUUCAGAUCAGGAAUCAACAGACCAGGUUCAGGAAUCUGUCUCUGUAUCUGUCGCCUCCACCCUGUCCAAAGCCAAUGGAUCCUACACAGCCUACAGAUCCCAAGUCACUCCACUGCCGCCCAACGACCAGGGAUCAGAGGGUCAUUCAUCUGCCUCCGAAACUGAAUCUACUGGUUCAAGGCCCUCUGAACCAGAGCCUGUAACUGAGACGAGUACUGCAACUGUAAGCAGUCGGACUGCAACCUCCAGAUAUCCUAGACACUCCCAUGUCCAUGACUCGCAUUCAGAGGGAUCUUCUACUAGGAGCUCAUUUGAUGAAGAGCUCCACAGCAGCAGAACACCGUUAGCUGAGGGAGGCCACCAGGGGCCCACCUAUACUGGGAUUCAAUCAGGGAUUGAAAUCCAGCGAGUGUGCAGCCCACGUGAGUCACUGAGGUCAAAGGCUGUCAUCAAGCCUGCGAUCGUUGAGAUCGACAGGAAGGAGGUGAUGAUUUCAGAACCUUUGUCUACAAAUGGCAAACCCAAAAUCUCUACCAAACCUAUCGUGACCACCACUAGUAAAAUGACCAGUAGUAUAACCAUCUACCCCAAUGACCCAAGCUCUUCUAGAACCAGCAGUCGCAGCAGCAGUGUGUCCAGUGAACCCUUGCCAAUCAAAGAACGGCAUACCUCCACUAGUAACAUCCUCAUAGGCCCCAGCAGUGAGCAUCAUGGUAGCAUCUCCAUCCCGUAUGAGAUCUCCAUUCCCAAAAGCGACAUCACCUUGCGACCGUGCCGGGACCAGGACUGUGGGGUGGACGACCACAAUGAUUCUUCAUCAAGGUCCAAACUCCACAACACUUCCAGAGUGGAGACCACCACCAGCCACCUGUGUUGCCAACGCAGCAACUUCAGCGUCCAAUCCCCGGACACAACCUCCGCGGACUUUAAUGACACAGAGUCAGGCUUUGAAAGCAGCAGCAGCAGUAGCACCACCACGGUCACCAGCUGGAGACGCCAAAGACAAAACCAGCACUCCCAAGAAGACAGUUUACCAGACAUGAAGAAUGUGACUGUGAGAAGCACCUGGAGAACCCGGGGCACUGCGUCAGUGGAUGAGACAGGCCGUGGAAGAGGGGGUACAAGGAUGUUGACUGAUGGUGGUUCGGAGGAUGAAGCAGAAACUGCAACAACAUGGAGGGCUUACCGGGCAACUACCUUCGAUACAGAAGAAGCGAUAAACAGCGGAACAGGAACUGGUGCGAACGCUGAAGCACAGAAGGGAGCCAAGCCGUCCCCUGCAGAGGUAUACAUGCGCAGAAUCAACAGAGAAGUUGAGGAACCUGGGCUUCGCCGAGGCAAACGCUCACAGUCUCCUACCACGGAGGCAGGAGGCACGGGAAGGAUUAUACCCCACGCACCUGUUACCUCCCAGUCCUGGGGCCGAUCAUACACACAACAACCACAGGCUGCUGAUGGAGAAGAACCCAGUCAAAACCCGAGCCACAGCCCAGCCUCCUGGCGGCGGCAGCUACCCAGCAGUGACUCUCACCACCUGGGGAGCUCUUAUGACCGGGCGUCCAAGACAGCAGGGGCCUCUUCCAGAGGGGACUUGUGGUCCAGUCGGGGUCAAGGGUCAGGGGCUAGACCCGAGGGGAGGAGUGGAGCGGGGAGCAGACCGUGGAGCCAUCGUCAGUCUGAGCAUCAUUAGAACAACUGGGUCUGAGCAGGACUUCUACAGCAAAAGGACAGCACUCAAUUAAUCUCUCAAUGGCACAAGGAGGGCCAAACAUCAGUCUCCCAUCAACUAGUGGCUACACCAUUACCACCAUCUCCAAAAGUCCGCAUCUGCAGCUUUUAUAACAAGCAAAGAAAAGAAAAAUAGCAGUUGCAGCCGUAUAGAACAACAAAUCACAGACAUAAGCCUACUUAUUAUGACCCUGAGUGUACCCUGUGACGUCAACGGUCCUCCUAUCCGGAACUUUCUCUGUCCCAAAAGAGGCAUAAAUGGAAAGACAGUGCCUGUACAGUGUUUUGGAGGUCGCCUCACCAGCCCAUGUAUCCUCUUCUGCUUCUCGCGUUGGAUGUAUUAUAGUGUAUUCCCGAAACUUGACAAGGGAGAGGUUGGCAUGCUGGGGACGACUGGAGAUUUUCCUGCGUGCCAGAGAGGUUUAAAGAGAGUUCGAGGAAGAAGGACUCAAAAGUUGAGAAUGCCUUUCUCAGAGGACCAUUACAGGAGCUGAUUAUGUUGCUUCUGCAUCAACAGUUCUUCAUCACUGAAAAAAACAACCCAAUCUUCAAUCAACUGCAGUACAAUGUUUAAGAUGCAUCUUUAUCUCACAGGGCUGGAUCUCCAUGCAGAAUUCUUCACAAACUAAAGGAAAUGUACCUUAAAUGUGACCAAAAACAGGAAGCGAAUUACCAUCUUUGCUGACUCGUACCAUGAUAUCCAUUUUCUCCUACUCAACUCAUAUUUGCUUGGAUGGCUAUAUGUGCUUUUUUUCUGAUUUUCUCACACAUUUGUACACACAACCAUAUAAACACAUGCACAAACAACAUGUACAUUUUAAAAGUUUUGGUUUAUUUUUAACCCGUGUCACCACAUUCUGGCAUGCAGCCUCAAAUUUGAUUUCAUUUGGGGUCUUUGAUCCAUGUUUCUAAGUAAUAACUGAAGAGAGCACUUGAAAUAUUGUGACUCAGCAUGCACGCUGCUCAAAUAAUUGCUGGUUGGCUUGCAUUAAAGGAGCACACACGCACACACAUUAUUUCUGACAGACCGGGACCUUAUUUAAGCUUUUUUUUUUUGCCAUUUUCACCACUUAUUUUGAUUCUUUGUAAUUCGCUUCCUGUUCUGCAUUAUCCUUUUCCCUUUCUGCUCAACCAUAUCAAGACAAAAAAAAAGUAGUUUGCACGCAAUGAAAUGCAAUGCACAUGUAGAAAAAAGAAUAAUGGGGGGCAUGCUACAGUUUCCAUGGUGCUUUGUUUUACAGCUGUUGCAAUUGUCCUCAUUCAUGUAUUUUGAGAGAGCCAUAGCAAAAUGGAGGUUCUGUUUUAACUGAACAUUGGACUUUGGAUUACCAGCAAACCUGGCCUGGCAAGGCGGACUAAUUUUCAGUGCUGCUGUAAAUACUGUGUACAUGCCAGCCAGUCAUAGGAAGACUCAAGACUUCUAACCACAAGGAACUGUCAGUCCAGCUUGUGUGUGACUCGGUUCGCCGUGCGAAUCGUCCCAGCUUAUCUCCAUCUCUUAUUUCUAUAAAAGUGUAUUGUUUUGUUACAUCAUAAAAUAUCAACUUGUGGUUGAUAUGUUGGAGCAAUCUGCUGCCACUGCAGCAAUGGGGGUGCCAUAGAAACCGAUUUAGUCGUGGCCAGUAAUAAAUAAAAAGGUGUUUUCAUUUAGGUAAAUGGUGCAUAUCUAUGACCGAAACCUCACUGAUAUUGUCAAACUUUUCUGUAACGUUAGUCUUUCAACAGGCUCCUGCUGGAUUUAGGAUGUGACAUACCACAUUCAUUGGAGUUUGACAGGCAAUGUACACUUUGAUCCCGCUACAAAUGUAUGAAUGUUGCUAUUGAAUGCAGCUGAGAAUGAGCAAUUGCUUGAUGACUUGAUGCACCAAUCCAACACGAUUGCAUUCUUUGUCUUUCUGACAAGAUCAUGUAACCAUAACUGUGACACCUUGGGACACAUGGAUCUGCUGAAGAACUUUUGAAGCCUCCAUCUGGUUCCUUUGCUGUUAUGGCUUUCAGUGCUGCAUUGAGUCAGACCCUGCAGGGGAUGGCCUGUUUCCGUCUGAGUACAUUUCUCACUUCUCUUGUAUUCUACCAGCCACAAUCUAAUAUUUAUUAGUCUCCAUAUAUGUACAGGUUCUUUUAUUGUGAAGAGUUCUGUCGGCAGGAGUCUAGUCUGUCGCCGCUUUGUCACUUUAUUGUUUAUGCAAGCAGGAGAUUAUAUGCAAUCAAUAACCCCCCCCCCCCAUGCAGUUAAUGUCUGUAACUAUCAAUCGUCAUACUGUAGAUGCAGAUCAGAGGUGAUGACUGUGUAGUGAUAAGUCCAAACUAAAAUGUUUUCCGAAUUCCAUUGAUUUCCAUUUAUUUUACCCUUUGAUUGAAAUAUCUACAGUAUGUUCAUCUGUGCCUUGAGAUACAGUAAGAGAGAGGUAGAAUGUCCCAACAAAUUCAGACUUGCACCAUAUUCUUACACUGUGCAGAUAAAUGACAUGCAAUACUAAUUGUGAGGUUCUUUUUUUUUAACUUUAUAUUUUUAACAUUCGGAGGGAUGUUGUAUGGAACAUCAUAAAAAGUAUUUUGGUUUAAGGUUCUUAAAGGGAACUCCUCCCUGAGGUAUGUCAAAGCAAGGUUCCCUUAGAAAAAGCUAUUUUUUUUUCUAACCUAACUUCAAAGUACUCUUUUAAAGAAUAUAGACCGCACCGCCUAAAAAGCUACGUCCCUUGGAUUUGUCUCUGUGUCGCAGGGUGCAGUGCAGCCUCAGAAAGGAUUGCCAUGUGGCCUCUUCAUGGCCACUGCUGGCUUUAUGAUAGAGCAAACACAGACCAGACAUACUGUUCAGAGCUCUUAGUGCACACGCCAAGACUUGAUGAUCAUAUAGCCUUUCUGCGCUUUCUGUGUUAUUGUUUCUACUACCACUCUUCUCAUUUACCAAGAGGGGAUGCCAUCUCUUCCCCAGUCUAUCAUCUUUUCAACCAAUUCCAAUUUUCCUUUUAGUAUUUUAGAGAAGUCAAAUGUUCCUCCCUCCCCCUUUCCUCUCUUCCUCCUUCCUCCUCUGUUUCUCUGCAUCUUCCUUGGAUUCUCAUUUCCUAAAGGGAAAGCCAAGUCCUAAACAGCGGUGAUAUGUGUUGUUGGUUCAGAGAGUUGUUGUUUUGUUGAAGGCCAGAGGCCUGUCACCAGAUAGUGAUGGGCAGCUCCCUGGGUAGCUGAAAGGUCAGAGGUCAGGGCUGCAUCUAAUCCUGUCUCUACGUCUUGACUCAGGGCUUCUAAAUACAGGAGGGAGGAAGACGGACAGUUGAGGGUAUUGAGUUUCCGGUUCUGCCUGUGCUCAUGCUGCCAGAGAUACACGUGGUGCGGUUGUCCAUCGGUGUGUGUUGUUAUUAAUAUGUCAGUGAGGGCUCUCGUUUUAAAAGCAGGAACUGGUGUGUUGUGAGCUGCUGCAAAUCCCCGAGUAAGAAGGUGCUGAAUGACAAAUGUGCAUGUGUGUGUGUGGCUGGAGAUUGUGUUUUUUUUUAUAUUUGAGGCUUACAUCACUGUGGGUCAGGAUUACUGUAUAUAGCAACUUGGUGAUGCAAGUACCAACACGAAUGCCCUCCUCAGCCCUUAUCGUUCCCACCUUAAAGUUCACCUGUUUCCCUCCACGCGAUAAACCAUCUACCAUGCAAUCUAUAUUAGUUCCACCCGUCCUCACUACAACUAUACUGCGCGACCUCGAUCUUUCAUCCGUGUCUUUCACUUUCCUUCAUUCUUCUACCUUUCUGUCCCCCUCCCCCCUUCUCACCCUGAAGAGAGUAUUUGAGUCGAGGGGUCCCAGGAAAAGCCCAGCUGUCGGAAACUGUAGGUUUUAUGACACAUUGGAGGGUUACCCUCCUGGAGACCGGCUUCAAAGAAAUCAGGGCUUCUUGAAGGGCAAAGUUGAAACUGCAUCCUCCGUUAGUCAUACUGUAUUUCUUCCUUACAAGGCCCCAAAGUACACUAACACCCAACUGACCGCCAUCCACUGACUCUUAGCUGGACUCUCUGUGUGCCAGGAUGACCAGUCGAGGCUUCUAUCUAUGUGUGUUUUAGGCUACAUGCCCACUACUCACGUGUUAUUGGUUGUAUCUGUUGCUUCCAGUGGCGGGAGCCUGUAAAGUGUUGACACGGAGGAAUGUACUGACUGGUCAUCUGGGACUCAAGUGUAGACUUGACAGGUUUCAGACUUCUAUGGCUUUUGUGGCACUAUAAAGAAACAGCUGGGGGGCUCUUUCAGAGUUUUUGUCAGUUUCCUCUCCUCCCUGAAAGAUGGCAGUUUUGCCGAACAUUUGUUGAAUCGGAGAAAUGUUAUGAUAGCUGCCGCUGGAGCAGAAUAUUUAGGACAUGAUAUGUUUGAAAAUUCUUACAAGGACAAGAGGUGGUUAAGCAGUGGAGAGAAAAGAGGCUGCUUCCGCUUCCCUGCUCAAAUACCAACUAAAGAGUUAACAGAAAUCCUCUUAAGCUCUGCUGGUAUAUGUAUAAACAUCCGUUAUUUACAAGUCAUUGUUUUUUCCUUUUAAUAAAGUAGACUAGAAUGUACUUAGCAGAGAUUGGAAUGGCCAGGGAGAAAUGGCUCUCGGGCAGCGAGCGGGCCCUUGUCCUCAAAGGCCUCCAUUGUGAAGCCAGGGUCAUGGUGUCAUUGGGUGGCGUAGGCUGUAAUCUGCACUUAACCAGCACUUAACUUUAAGACCUCAAACGACUAAUGCCCCCUUAGUCCCCUUUGUCAAAAAGUUUCCUUUAACUCUGUUUCAGUAGCCGUUUGCUGAAUGUACCACAGACAUGUAAUGUGUUUUUGCACCAGCCAAAUUAGAGUAUUUAAGAGUCAUCUCACCUGUUAAAGAAAGGAAAAUUGCCACGCACUCAGUGAAUGAAACAUCUUUGAGCAUAUUUUUUGAGGUAUGGCACCCUGUUACGCCUGCAUCUCAGCCUUCUAACAUUGUGCCAAAAUCAUUCCACAGUAUUUCUAGUUUACAGAUAGAGACAGAGCCAGUGUUUCCCCAGAUGGAUACCCUGUCUCUAAAAUACUGAAAUUAAGGGGAAAAUAUCAAUUUGAGGGUAUUCUCUUUUUUUGGUUUGUUUUUUCUGCUUAUGUAUGUUUUUAUUUCUUUGUUAAACAAAAGAUGUCUUAUUUUGGAAGCUAUAUCGGAUAGAUUUUAUUUAAGGAAAAUCUUGUAAUUUUGUAAAGUGGGCCUUAUUAUUGAAAUAUAUUAAGUAUUUGUCCAUCUUGAUUUUAAGAAUGAUAUUUUUCUUUUGCAAGAUAAUGUAUCUUCCUCAUUGUUAUUACACUCCUGGAGAGUACUUCUUCCUGUAUUUUUGUGUUUGUUAUUUUAAUGCAAGACAUUUCUCACGACCUGCAGACAAGGUGGCACACCAUAGAUCAGAGAGAGAGAGAGAGCAUUUAAGAGAGAGGCCAGGGUUGUGUCAUAGUCAUUGAAUAAUGAGAGCGAUGUCCAUUUUAUCAGAGCUGAGCAGGUCUGCAGUGCUGAGUGGUUCACCAUGUGUCGGCCCGAUUUUAUCGGGGACCAUUCAGUGGUCCGGCCUCUUCGCUGCUCUGUUCUCCCUCGCUCAUAAAUUCAGGGUUUGUACAUCUUCUGUGCUGUAUGUUUUUAAGUACUGCCAAAGAAAGAAGCGUGCAGGCCCCAGAAAAUACAUGUGUGUGUAUAAAUAUAUAUAUAUAUGUAAACGCACACAAAUAAUCUAAUAGGAAUUAAAAAACAACAAAAACAUCUCAUCUCUCUUACACGCACAGAUACAAGAGUUUCAGGCCUGUACAAUCAAACUGUUUUGUUUUUAUUGCUGAGCGCUUCUACGUUUUUGUGUGCAGAAGAAGGAGACUGACAGACAGAGGUGUCAAACACAAAACUAUCUGUAAUGAAAUCAGAUCAAAAGGGUUUUUUAUGAUUUAUUAUUGCUUCUCAGUGUGUCAGCAAUGCCAGGUGGACUGUGUGCGGAGGCUGUUUUUUCUUUUCUGUUUUAGACUUAAUACAUUGUGCAUGUUUUAACCUUACUGUGGCUGGCGCACUCUGCAUGUAGGUCUCUUGAAGCUGCCAACUGUACAGCGAACCAUAUGUAUUCCAAUAAAAAUAAAAACCAACCUGUUUGUAACACGU